UUGUUUAUCAUUCUGGUGAAUGGAUGGUAGGAGAGGCAAUCAAUAACUACUAUUUAGAAUGAGCAACCACAACAGAUAAUUGCACAAUUGUCAGUGUCAGACUUUUACCACUUCUCCGCCAUUGGUGAAAUCUAAUUGGAUUAGACGCAAACAGCUAGUUCGAGAGCCCAGUCUUAGUUGCAGUGCCAAUUGCAACGCGAGGGAGCUCCGUGGUCCGCUGUCCCCAAGAUCCGAGCUGGAUGAGAUUGUUGCAUAAGCUGGCAACAUAAUGAGCAACAAGGCCAGCCCCUCCAGGAUAGCAUUCAAGCGAAAGACGAGUAUCGGUAGCCAGAAUAAGAGCCAGCCCAUCGAUUAUAAACACAUCCAGGGGGAUGUCGAGGUGAUUGCACCUCCGCCGGUUGCUCCUCCACCUCCCUUGGGUGGCCAGGCCAAGCUCAAGUUGAAGCUGAGCUCGGCCAAGAUCAUGCUGCGGAAGACCACGCAGGCUCCACAGAAGAAUCUAGAGGCGACAGCCUCCUCCACGGACGCAGUGCGUCGAAAGUCAGCUCCGCAACUAUUUACAUUUACCAUUGCACCGAAGGGAGAGACCUCGGAGUCAGAGGUAGCCUCGUCAAACAUCAUACCAAAGCUGCCAGUCUUGGGAUUUACCCAUUCCAUUCGACGCUCCCGGACUUUGGGGCAAGCUAACAUUUCAACAGCGCUGCCCACCACCGAGGAUCCCCUUGCACAAACGCAGGACAGUGGCAGUGGCAGUGAACCCAGCAGCAGCCUGGCCGGUGGUGGUAGUUCCACCUCUCCGGAGUCCUUGCUGGAUAAUAUUCUUAGUGCUGCCUCGUCUGUGUCCGUGCAGUGCAGCAGCAGCAGCAGCCAGGCCAGCAAUGCCACAGUGGCACAGACCAUCAGGCCCAAGGAGCAGCAGCAGCUGCAUCCGAAGCGCUUGCUGAGCUUGAAGGCAUCUCCUGAGCUUAGAAUUUCACCUCCAACGCCGGACACUGUUCAACCUAAGCUGGAAAUGCUCCCGCGACUCCUUUUGGACGCUACGCCAAGGCCAGAGAUAUUUGAUGCGCCAUCGCCACUGGUCAGGAGUCCGUCGCCCGGAGGAAUCCCUUCGCCUUCGCCCAGCAUCACCUUGAGACCGAGUACGCCGCCGGAGAACACGGUGACCUUUACAGACGACCUGAAGUGCGGCAUCUGUCUGGAUGUGUACACCGAUCCUAGGACCCUGCACUGCCUACACUCCUUCUGCCUGCAGUGCCUGGUUAGUGAAAAUUUCAAGGAGGAGUCUAUGUGGGAUCCAAUGGACCAGGCUCGCAGCGACGAUCCCUCCAGCUAUAGCUUGCGGUCGGAGAUGGGAGGUGGUUCCAGCCUGGAGCUCACGGCGACUGUUUCCCCAGCUAGACAGCGAGGAGCUAGCUUAAGCCUUAGGAGAAAGAAGUCCAUGGACCGCCUGGUGAUUCGGUCCAAGAGCGAGGGCAAGCGCUCGACGACAAGCUCCUUUGGCACUCGGAUGACGGGCAGUUUUGUUAGCGAAGUGGCCAGCCGCUGCAUUCGUUGUCACAGCUGCAACUAUCCCACGGAUCUCCCCUUGGGCGGAGUGCGUCAGUUGCCUCAGAACUAUCUGUUGGUUAGAAGGAUCGAGUUGCUGCGCUUACAGGCGGGAGAGGAUGUGAUUGCGAGAGUCUGGUGCUCCCUGUGCACCGAGGAGAUCAGUGCGACUUAUCACUGCAUCAGCUGCACCCUGAACCUCUGCACUCUGUGCAAGGAAGCACACGAGCGCCAACGAAGCACAGCCAAUCACCGGAUGCGCAGCAUCCUCGAAUUGAGACGAGCCCGGAAGCAGAAGCAGCAGCAACUUGGCUUGGGGGAUAGCAGCAAGCUGGUCCUGCGCUGCGGCAUCCACACCAACUUCGAGCUCAAGGCCUUUUGCACUCUAUGCCGGCAGUUGGCCUGCACGGAUUGCCUAGUGUUGCUCCAUAAGGGCCAUCGGCAUGAGACCAUACAGCGCGCCAUUGUUCACCAGGGAAAACAGUUAAGGGAAGCUACGGAUCAGACGCGUCCUCUGUGCCAAUAUGCAGAGCAUUCCAUAGAGAGAUUAAACGAGAUCGCGCGAGGAAUCAAUGCCAGGUGCGAUGAUAUACAGAGCCAGGUGGAGCGGUAUAUGCAGAGCUACAUGCAGGCCUUGGAUGUACAUAGGAGGACUCUGCUGCAGCAGAUCAGCAGGGCCAGAGAGUCCAAGGUCGAGGUUGUACUCAAGCAGCAGUUGGACUUGGAGAAACGCACGCAGCAGGCCAUGGAGGCAGUGCGUUUCAGUCAGGAGCUGUUCGAAAUUGGCGCUGACGUUGAGAUCCUGAGUUUUGUUGGCAUCCUGCUGAGGCGCUUGGAGUUCUGCCAGCAGUUCAAGCCGCCAGUGGAUCCCAAGAUCUCUGAUUCACUCCAUUUCCUUCCCAAAAUCCGAGCUCCUUCGACCAAGGAUCAGCGAGAUAUCCCCUUGUAUGGUAUCAUCACCAUGCAGGUGGUGGAGCCCGGUCUGUGCACCCUGCAAUGGGAGGGCUUCUCCCAGCUGCGCCUCCACAAAAAGGCAGAUCUCUUGCUGCACUCCAGGGACGCCGAUGGUGUUUCGCUUUGCCAUGGAGGUUUGGAGAUCAACUGCAUGAUCAAGUAUAAGGAUUCUAACUCAAAGUUCCUGCCCGUCGAAGUAUCAGACAACCGUGAUGGCACCUACAACAUCUUCUUUACGCCUGACGCCCAGGGAUCGUUGAUUCUGACAAUCACGAUUAAUGAGCGUCCCAUCAAGGGCAGCCCCUUUACCUUUCAGGCGCGACAAGUGCGUCCGCACACUGGGAUCUAUCACUGCUGCUCCUUCUGCUCGGGUAGGGGCAGUCGAAGUGUCAAGUGCUCAUGCGAGGGGCGCAUGCCGGGUUACAGUGGCUGUGGGCAUGGACAUGCUGGCCAUCCCGGUCGGCGGCACUGGUCCUGCUGCGGGAAUAUCCUGGAGAACUCCGAGUGCAACGUUGCCAAUAAGCUGCUGAAUGCUUAGAAUGCUAAAUAGGAAAUGUUUGUGGAAUUUUUUUAUUUAUUAAAUUGACA